AUGUGUUCCCCUUCAGGGUUUCAGACCAACCAAGGCCCAGAACCAAAUUUGAGAGCAAUGAUGCAGCAAAUGUUGCUUGGGCAAGCUAAUGGGCAGAUUGAGGAUGCAAAGAAGUUUGCUGAGCUGAACCAAAAGAUAACUUCUCAGUAUAAUGAUCUCAACAUCAAGUUUGAAAGUCCAAAAUCCAAGAUUGAGACAAUGGAGAACAAACUAACUUCUUCUUCCACUAUAAGGAUGGACCAACACAAGGGCAAGGCUAUCAUGCCCUCUACAGAAUUUGCUAAUGCAAUCAAUCUACGUAGUGGAAAGGUGCUACCAGAACAAAAAGGAGUGCAACCUAUCACUGAGGACAGUGAAGAACAAGAUGGGGAGGGUUUUCAGCAAAAGGACCCUCAGGAUGAAGAGACGAUCGAACUCGACCCACUACUCGAGCACACACACGAUCGAGUGGGUGAUCGAGUACCUUCUCAGGAGAAGAUUAAGCCAGUUGCCACCAAGGAAAAAGAAGUCUGGAUGCCUCUAAUAGAUGCUUUUUCUAUGAUCCCUCCUUACCAGAAAUUCUUGAAAGAUGUUAUGAUGGAGAGGAUCAAAGAAGUUCAAGGGAUGGUGACCCUUAGUCAUGAGUGUAGUGCCAUAAUCCAAAAGCAAGUGAACGCUCAAAAGUUAAGAGAUCCUGGUUCCUUCACUCUACCUUGCUCUAUAGGCCCUUUAACCUUCAACAGAUGCCUUUGUGAUCUGGGAGCCUUUGUGAUUUGGGAGCCUCAGUGA